GAAGGGGGGAGGUAAGGCGGUUUCCCCCCCUCGAGGAAGCCGAGUUUAAUAGCCCCAUGUAUGCACAGUUCCCCCGUCGGUCGUCGGUGCUCACCACAGUCUAGAUCAUCAUGGUGCGAACGGUCGUGAUCCUUGGCGCCAGCUAUGCGGGCAUUCCCAUUGCCCAUUACCUCCUCAAGCACACAGCGACCAAGACCAAGGACCUCAAGGUCAUCAUAGUCGCUCCCAACACUCACCUUUACUGGGUCUUUGCUUCGAUCCGCGGGAUCGUUCCUAAUCGGAUAGGCGAAAACAAGAUCUUCCUGCCCAUCGCGCCGACGUUCGCCAAAUAUCCGUCUGAUCAGUAUGAGCUUGUACACGGCGUGGCCAAGGAGGUGGUCCCGGAUGCAAACGUCGUCGAGGUACGCGGGAAUGAUGGGUCUGCUAGGACAAUCCAAUAUGACGAGCUGGUGAUUGCCACCGGAAGUAGCUUCAAAAACGGCAUGCCCUUCAAGAACCUCUCGAGCACCGAAGAGACCAAGACCGCCCUUCGCGAGUGGGCGAAACGCAUCGAAUCUGCCAAGUCCAUCGUUGUCGCCGGAGCCGGCGCCACUGGCGUCGAGAUCGCCGGCGAGCUCGGUCAGGAGUAUGCCGUCCCCGGCAAGAAGCAGAUCACGCUCGUCUGCGACGAUGACCUGCCCCUCAGCGCACAUCUCCGCCGCGACGUGCGUGAGACAACCAAGGAUGAACUCGAGCGCCUCAAAGUCAAGGUCAUCACCAACGCCAGACUGGCCACCGCCCCGUCCGCCGCCCCCAAGACUUCCACCCUCACCCUCACCCUCACCAAGACGUCCGCGUCCUCCGCGGACGAAGCGCCCACCACCCUCCAGGCCGACCUGCUGAUCCCCACCUACGGCAUCACCCCGAAUACGGCCUUCCUCCCGCCCUCCCUGCUCGACAGCCGCGGCCACGUCCGGCAGACCGCCCGCCUGCGCGCCGAGGGCUACGACAACAUCUUUGUCGCCGGCGACGCGGGUAACCUGGAGAGCCAUCAGGCCGUGCACGCCGAUUCGCAGGCCGUGCACAUUGCCCGGCUGCUCGAGGCGCGCAUCCUCGGCGGAGUCCCGGGGUCGCCGUCGCUGAAACCGGACGAGGAGGAGGAGGAUUACAAGCCUAUAGACAAGGUCAUGUUCGCGGUGACACUCGGGAGGAACCGGGGCACCGGCCAGGUCGGGAGCUGGAAGUUGUGGAGCCUCCUGGUGUGGUUCAUGAAGGGGCGGUAUCUGGGGACGAACUACGCGCCCGAGUAUGCGAGAGGCGAGAGAACGCUUAGAUUGAAGUCGUGGUGAUGGAUGUGGGUUGAGG